AUGUCCUCGGAUAAUAAUUCAUUAUCUAUACCUAAGGAUAUUAUAGAAGGUGUCAUGGUUGAUGAUACCGCAGAGACCCAACAUAAUCAUCAUCGUCGAUCGUUAUCUCCAAGUUUACCAAUAUGUACUACUACUACAUCAAAAUCAUCGAUAACCUCGAAUAAGUCUACUUCGACAUCUUCAACAAAUAAUAAUAACAAUUAUAAUAGCAAUCAUGCAACUUUGACUAAUGUCCGACCUAUCGAUGUCGUAGUGGCACUAUACGAUUUUUAUGAUUCCAAUUCGACUUCUUCAUCUUCAUCUUCUAUUAAUAAUGGAACGAAUAAUAAUAACCAUCAUCAUCAUAGCAUUCAUAAUAAUAGUACAACUAACAAACAUCUUUCCUUUCAACAAGGUGAUACCAUUUAUGUCUUAAAUAAAAAUAGUUCAGGUUGGUGGGACGGUCUUUUAAUAAUGGAUAGUAAUAAUAAUAAUAAUAAUAAUAAUAAUGACACUAACAAUAAUAAUACGGAAGGUGACAAUCAUAAUAAUAGUAAUAACAACAACGUAAGAAGAGGCUGGUUUCCUCAAACUUAUGUUCGUUCAAUAUCUUCCUCUACAUCAUCUGCUCAUUUCUUUAAAAAAUUGAACUCAUUUUCAAAUAGAAGUUCUAGAAGAGCAAGUGUAGCUACUACUCCUGGAAUUAUUACCACUACUACUUCUACAAAUACCGUUGCCAAUAGUAGUAAUAAUCCUGCAGCUCUUCCUACAGCCACUGCCACUGCUAUUACUACUGCUACUGCUACAAACAGUAGCUCUACAUUUCUUAAUAUACCUACCAACAAAAGUAAAAGUAGAAGAAAUAGUUCCAAUUAUUCUCAUAUGAAUCAUACAACUUCAACUUUGGAAGAUACAAAUAGUAUUAAAUCUUUGCAUAAUCAUCAUCAUAAUAACAACAAUUCUCAUGAUCAUAAUAAUAAUAAUAAUAAUAAUAAUAAUGACCAAAUAAAUCAAAACAUUUCAGAUCCACUGAACAAAUCAAAUAUAAUUACAGAUACAAACUCUUCAACAAAAAUUAUAAAACAAAAAAUGAUGAUGAUCCAAUUACUAUAUUAUCAUUAG